AUGGAUGGAAAGCUUUUCCUGGGCCAAUACUUGAUAUUGGUGAUGGUGCUACUAGGGCAGCUUCAUGGAUACGAAAGUUGUAUUCAAAAAGAAAGUAAGGCUUUGUUGGAACUCAAGAAAUACAUCAUCUCAAGGAGUCAAGAAAAGUUCUCUAACAAUAUUCUCCCUUCUUGGACUAAUGAUACUAAGAGUGAUUGCUGUCAGUGGGAGGGCAUUGAUUGCAGUCGAAUAAGCAGCCGGGUUAUCACACUUUCGAUUGGUAGACUAUUCCCCAAAGAGAGCUAUCCUCUAAAUCUUUCAAUGCUCCAUCCCUUCGAAGAAAUUCGAAAUCUGAGCUUAUCCUCGGACAGAUAUAACAGCCAAUUCAAUGGUUUCUUUGAUAACAUUGAAGGUUAUAAAAGCUUAGGGCGAUUGAGAAACCUGGAGAUUCUGGAUCUCUCUUUCAAUCAGUUCAACAACAGCAUCCUUCCCUUUCUUGAUGCUGCUACAUCGCUUACAACUCUUUCUCUCCAAAAUAACAACAUAUAUGGCCCUGCUAAAGUUGUUUGUCAAAUGAGGAAACUGAGGGAGCUUAAUCUCAGAGGAAACCAUUUUUGGGGCCAGCUUCCUUCUUGUUUAGGUAGCUUGAACAACCUGCGGGUUCUUGACCUCUCAUCCAACCAAUUUACUGGAAAUCUUCCAUCUAGUUUCAGCAACCUUGAGUCCCUCGAAUAUUUAUCCUUGUCAGAUAACAACUUCAAAGGCUUAUUCACGCUACGUCCACUCACUAACCUUACAAGGCUCAAGGUUUUCAAACUUUCAUCAUCUGAUAUGGUACAGGUCAAGACAGAGAGUACUUGGCAGCCAAAAUUUCAACUGAGUGUUGCUGUACUACGAUCUUGCAGCCUGGAGAAAAUCCCUUCAUUUCUCAUGUACCAGAAGAACUUGGGUCUCGUUGAUCUAUCGAACAACAGAUUAUCCGGUCACAUUCCUACUUGGCUGUUAGAAAAUAAUCAAGAACUUGAAGUCUUACAGUUACAGAAUAAUUCAUUCACUCUUUUUCAGAUGCCGGCAAUGGUGCAUAAUUUGCAGGUCUUGGAUAUUUCAACAAACGGUAUUGAGUCAUUCCCUGAUGAUAUCGGCAGAGCACUUCCGAAUAUGGUGCAUCUGAAUGGCUCUAGUAAUGGUUUCCAAGGAUAUUUUCAUUGUCUAUAG